AUGAUUCGGCUAAAACCAUAUAUUGUUAACUUUAUGCGCUGUGAAGUGGGUAACGGGAAUCAUGCUUCAUUCUGGUUUGAUCAUUGGACUGUCCAUGGUCCUUUGAUUUCUUUCUUAGGAGCGACUGGGCCUAGGGACUUGAGAGUAAGGAGAGAAGCUCUUGUUGCUGAGGCAGCUAGAAAUGGAGAGUGGCGGAUGCCGGGUGCUCGAUCUGAGAAUCAACAACAGCUCAUGAUCACACUAACAACCAUUACUCCUCCAAAUAUCUCUAAUGGUCAGGAUAUCUAUCUAUGGCGUCGUGUGUCAGGAAGUUUUGCUGAAUUUUUCUCUUCUAAGGAAACUUGGGAGCAAUUGCGAACUCACUCUCCUUUGGUGUCUUGGAGUAAGGUGGUCUGGUUCAAGGAAGCGGUUCCUCGCUUCUCAUUUAUCACUUGGCUUGCGUUUAAAGGAAGAUUGCCUACGAAAUACAGAUUACGCGGUUGGGGACUGAAUAUCCCUGCAGCUUGUGUACUCUGUUCCAACGGAUUAGAAACUCACAACCAUCUAUUCUUUGAAUGUCCCUACUUAGCAACUGUUUGGCAUGCUUUUGCUUCGAGGAUCUUGAUCAAUCCACCAUCUACAAUCGCUUCCAUCUCUUCUUGGAUUUUGCAGGCUCAAGCUCCAGCUCAAUCUCAUGCUAUAAUCACCAUCAAGCUGCUUCUUCAAUCGGCGUGUUACUUCAUUUGGAGGGAGCGUAACGCAAGGAUUUUCACCUCCAUUAUCUCUCCCAGCUCAACUGUGCAAGCUUCUUUGGAUCGCUCCAUUCGAGACCGCUUCCUCUCUUUCCCGGGGGUUCUUCCUCCUCGGUUUCUUUACUUGCUUUCUACUUUGGUUGUAUCUCUUUCCCCUUCUAGCUUCUUGUCUUUUGUUUGA